GAAGAAGAAGAAGAGGUCGUUGAUGUCAACGAGAGCGGUUUAAUGCUUUAUAAAGAGUUACACGACAAACUUUAUGACUACCAGAGAGAUGGAGUGGCCUUCCUGUACAGCCUCUACAGAGAUGGUCUUAAAGGGGGCAUCCUGGCAGACGACAUGGGCCUCGGUAAAACCAUCCAGGUGAUAUCUUUCCUCUCUGGCAUGUACGACAACGAGCUGGUCAAAAACGUGCUGCUUGUCAUGCCAACUUCACUCAUCACAAACUGGACCAAGGAGUUUGCCAAGUGGACUCCGGGCAUGAGGGUGAAGGAGUUUCAUGGUAGCAGCAAAGUAGAAAGGACCAGGAAUUUGGAGAAAGUUCAGAGGAGAGGGGGCGUCGUCAUCACCACCUACACUAUGCUCAUGAGCAACUGGCAGCAGUUAUCAUCAUACCACGGCAAAGAGUUCACUUGGGACUAUAUGAUCCUGGAUGAGGCACACAAAAUAAAAAACUCAUCCUGCAAAACUGCCAAAAGUGCCUGCGCCAUACCGUCAAAUAACAGAGUCCUGCUCACUGGGACUCCGGUCCAGAACAACCUGAGAGAAAUGUGGGCUCUUUUUGACUUUGCCUGUCAGGGCGCUCUCCUCGGCACGGCUAAAACAUUCAAAUCCGAGUAUGAGAACCCCAUCACCCGUGCCAGGGAGAGGGACGCCACUCCAGGGGAAAUGGCUCUUGGGGCCAGGAUGUCUGAAAACCUCAUGGGCAUCAUAAAACCCUACUUCCUCCGCAGGACAAAAGCAGAAGUGCAGAAAAAAAACCAAAACCGCAAACAACAGUGCAAUGGGGAAUAUUCAGAAAAGGACAGCCAAGAACCAGAUCGGCAGAAAGACUCUGGAGCAGUCAUGCCCACGCUGACCAGAAAGAACGACCUGAUUGUCUGGACUUACCUGAGUGCUGUUCAGGAAGACAUAUACAGGCAGUUCAUUUCCCUAGACCACAUCAAGGAGCUGCUCAUGACCAGCAGAUCACCUUUAGCGGAGUUAAAUAUUCUGAAGAAGCUGUGCGACCAUCCAAGACUACUCUCUGCUAAAGCCAUCGCUAAUUUAGGUUUGGAAGAAAAUGCAGCUGACGGUCAGGACAAUGACGACAUGGCGACAGACACUAACAGCAUCGCAAACCUUCCUGACGACACCUUAAUAUCUGAGUCUGGGAAACUCGUCUUUCUGAUGGCCCUUCUUGAACAGCUCAGACAAGAGGGCCACCGCACGCUCGUCUUCGCUCAUUACAGGAAGGUGCUGGACAUCAUCGAACGCAUCCUGGGCAACAGAGGCUUCAAAGUGAUGAGGCUGGAUGGCACAAUAACACAGAUUGCAGAGAGAGAAAGGCGCAUCACUCUCUUCCAGACAGACGACAGUUACUCUGUCUUCCUCCUGACCACCCAGGUCGGCGGAGUUGGCAUCACUUUGACAGCAGCAAACCGAGUAGUGAUAUAUGAUCCCAGCUGGAACCCGGCUACAGACGCCCAGGCUGUGGACAGGGCGUACCGCAUAGGCCAGACUGAGAACGUUGUCAUCUACAGGCUGAUCACCUGCGGCACGGUGGAGGAGAAGAUCUACAGACGGCAGGUUUUCAAAGACUCCCUGAUCAGACAGAAUACCGGCGAUAAAAAGAACCCGUUUCGGUACUUCAGCAAACAGGAGCUGAAGGAGCUCUUCACCCUGGAGGAAACCCGGUCCUCGUCCACUCAGAUGCACCUUCAAACCCUGCACUCCCAACACCGACGGACAGACCCGGAACUGGACGAACACAUCGCCCACCUCCAUGCCAUGGAAAUGUUUGGGAUUUCUGAUCACGACCUCAUGUUUUCCCUUGACGUCAACCAUGACGAACCCCCAGAGGACCAGGAGGAGCAUAACUACAUUGAAGGGCGGGUCCAGAAGGCCCAGGAUCUGAUGAAAGCAGAGUCGGAGUUGCACACGCAGCUGGCAGAAAGCAUGGCGUUGAACACAGAGCCAGCCUUUCUCAGGCAACCAGACAGCAACAACAGAGAUAGAUCACAUGAGAAGAAACCAAGAAAUCCAAGACCCAGUCCUCCAUUUCCUCAGCAUGACCACAACGUCAACCGUUCACCUAUCGUGGUGGAUUUGGACGAGUCUGGUUCAGGCAAAGAAGGCGGCCAUCAGAAUCAGAGCCACCAGGUGAUUGAUAUAAGUGCUGAUGAGAGUAUGUCUGACGAACAAACUGUUGAAGCAGCAAGUGAAGAAAACCUGGAUUCCCCAAAACUUCAGUCCGUCAAGCAGGAUAAGAGCUGCCUGGAAGCAUCAGACAUCUGUCCUCAGGAGGUGAUCGAGGAGUCAGUGGUGAUGUCUGAGGCUGAUGAUGCAGCAGCAGGUGAUGCAGCAGAUGUGUCUGUUAAAGAAGUAAUGGAUGCAUCUAUGACAUCUGAGGCUGAUGAUGCAGCAGCAGGUGAUGCAGCAGAUGAGGACAGUCUGCCGUAUGUUUCUGCAGUUGAUGAAGAACACUUAAAUCAAACUUCAGACUUGAAUCAAGACGACUCCAAGAUGGACUUGCAGCUUCCUUGCAUCACACCCGUCAAGAAUAAAAGGCUUUCUGUCCUGCAGGGAUCCAUUUCCAGCUUCAAAGCAGACACUUCAUCCAGAGUCAGUGCAGGGCUCGAUUCCUUUGGAGGCAACUUUAAUUUGCAGCUGGAGGACAGCGACGUCCUCUCAGACCAUGAUAACGUGGAUCAUCAGGAGACCGAAGCUGAGGAGAAGAAGCUGCUGUCACAUCUGCAGAUGGAGGGCAGUUUUGACGUUGAUAAAUCCCUUUCAGAGAAACAACAUAGAGAAGCACUCGGACUAAGCCUCAACGUCUCCUGCUCCGAUAAACUGGAUGAGUCAGUAGAUAAUUCCAUUGUGACAACCAAGAAGAAGAAAGCUGCUAUCAUUUAUGACAGUGACGAAGAGGAGGGUGAUGAUGAUGAUGAUGAGGAGGAGGGUAAACUUGAGUACUCUCUCCAGGUUCUCGAAGCCUCCACACCAAAACAGUCUACUUCCACCCCUGUCCGGUCAAGAAAAAGUGUUGGUGGAAACACCUCGGUGGCCUCCCGCCGGUCUCUCCUGCAGUCCAUCAUCGAAGACAUGGACAACAAGGAGGAGGAAGAGGAGGAGGAGGAGGAGGAAGACAUGGACAACCAGGAGGAGGCUGACACUGAGGAGGAGGAUGAGGAAGAUGAAGAAGACAUGUCAGAGAGGGAUACUGAGGAGGACAUCAUUGGUCGUCAAAAUUAUGAUGAGCUUCAGCUGGAAGAGACCACUGGAGAGACUUUAAACUCGGAGGAGGAAGGAGAAGAGGAGGAGGAGGAGCACUCUGCUGAAUCGGCAGAUGCUGUUGAUGAGUCAAAGGGAUACAGCCGAAACCUCGAUGAAUCAACCAGCGAGCCGGAGCUGGCCUCUUCAGAGCGAGUGGAUCAGUUGACCGUUGAUGCCGGACUGAAAUCUAACGGAAACAAAGACUUUGUCAAAAACGAGCCGCCUCUCCGCUCUGAGGACGGGAGCUACGACUGGCUGGUCAGCAGAGGGCGGGAGUGUUACAGCGACGGGAAGCUGGAUGACGCUCUGGGCUUCUUCCUGAAGGCCAUCGACAUCAAACCCGGAGAUCCUGAUAUUCAGCUCAUGACCAUCCAGGUGUACCGACAGCUGAGUCUCAGAAAAUAAC